AUGUCGACUCCUAUCAGGACUUCUAAAAUAUGGGAAACAAGUUCAGAAGGAGGAUUGACACCACCACCAUCAAACACACAAACAUCUCAUUUUAUUACAGUUGAUCAGUACAAUAAAACAGUUACUGAGCUUCAAAAUCAGUUAUUUAAUUAUAAAAUGAAAAUUGACGAUCUAAGAAUACAUAACAAUGAGGAAAUUAUACGAUUAAAAAAGAUAAUUGCAAAAUAUGAAGGACCGUCAAAUGAAAUAUUAACAAAAAACUCAACAUCAAGUAGCAAUUCAUCACUAUCUCCAAAUUCACCAAGUAGAGAAGGUAAUUUAGCUAGAUCUUUAAUAGAUUCUAGUAGCAGUUUUUUAAAUCAUAACGAUUUGAUCGAAAAACUCGAAAUAGCAUCGAAAGAAAACGAUGAAUUACGAAAAGAAAUAGAAGGAUUUCAUGAACUUUCUAGAUCUCUACAAAAUCAGCUUGAUGAAAAAAUAAAUCAAUGCGAUGCACUAGUUAAUGAAAAAAAGUCAUCAGAUAAAAAUAUCGAUCAACUGAAAAAACAAAUUGAGCAGCUUAAAUCACAAUUUAAAUUAGAAACCUCAAGAUAUGAAAAACAAAUCGAUGUUUACGAGCUUGAACUUGCAAAAUUAGCAGAUGAACAUAAUAAUAAGAAUGAUCAAUCUAAUACAUCAAAUUCUGAAUCUGAAAUCAAUAAAUUAAAACAACAAUUGAUUAAAUUACAAAAUGAUUUGGAUGAAGAGCGAGUAAAGAGUGUAGCAACCGAAGACAGACUAACAAAAUUCAGAGAGGAGUCAUCAAAAGCUAUUUCAACAUUAAAAUCCCAAAAUUCAAAUCUUCAAGAGCAGCUUUCCCUUUCAAAGAUAGAGCAAAACUCUGCUCAAAAUGCUGGAAAUGAUGAAUUAUUGAAGAUAAAAUCAGAAAUCGAUGACAAAAACAACGAAAUUAAAAAUCUCCAACAAGAAAUUUCAAAUUUUGAGGAAGAAAAUGCGAAUUUAAAUGCUAAAAUAACAGAAUUAGAGAAGUCUGCAAAGAAAUCAAUACAAACAAUUUCGAUUCUCGAGAAAGAAAUUGAUGAUUUAUCUGAAGAAUUAGAAAAGCAACAAGUGACGAAGACAGAAUCUAAUUCAGAUGAUUUUCAGAAGCAAGUUGAAGCAGUGAGACUCGUGAAAGAGGAAAAUGAUCAAUUAAGGGACCAAAUCAAUCAGCUGACAGUAUACAAAGAAAAAAUGAACUCAAUUCUAAAAGAAAACCAAAAUCUCAAGUCGGAGUACAUCAAAAUGAAGGACGAGAACACAUUACUAAGAGAAGAAAAUGAGAGAAUUAUGGAAGAAUCAAAUGCCGCGAAAGAAAAUCUCAAGAAAGAGAACGAAAACCAGAAAAAUGAAAUUUCAUCACUAACAAAUGAAGAUGAACUUUAUAAACUUAGAGAAGAAAAUGACAAAUUAAUUAAAAGCAGGGAGGCACAGAAUGAAAUCAUUCAGAAACUCAAUAAUGAAAUGAAUCAAAUGAAAGAGAAAGAAAAAGAUUUCGACAAAUUGGCACAAGAAAAGAAAUUACUCAAAGAUGAAAAUGAUAGAUUAAUUAACUCAGAAAUGGAGGAGUUGGAUAAAUACAAGAAAGAAAACCAAGAUCUCAACAAUGAAUUACAAAGAAUCAAAAACGAAAGACAGGAGAAUGAAAAUAAGGAAAAUAAUUUGAAACAAGGAAACGAACAACUCAACGAAGAAUUGCAAAGAACAAAACAAACAGUAAUAAACAAAGAAGAAGAACUUAAGAAAGUACGAGAUGAAGCUGACAAAUUAAGAAAAAAAAUAGAAGAGUUAAAAGAGAAACAACAAAAUCAAAUUAACGACAACGAAGAACUAAGGAAAGAAAUUAAAUCAAGUGAAGAAAAAAUGAAAGAAAUUCAAUCAGAGAAUGAAAUUCUGAAGAAGCAGAUAGAGAAAGAAGAUGAAAAUUCAUCAAAUAUCAGCGAUGAUUUACAGAAAUUAGUGAAUAAAUCACUGGUAAAAGAAUCAAUCGAUGAAAAUAAUGAUGUGGAAACAAUCGAAAAUCUAAAGAAGGAAAUCGAAGAUCUGAAAAAAGAGAAGGAUAAUUUUGAUUCAAUCAGUAUAGAAAAUGAAGAUCUUAGAAGUCAAGUAGAAGUAUUAAUAAAAGUAGAAGAUGAAAGAAAUCAAAUGUCAGAAGAACUUGAAAAACUAAGAGCAAAUUACAAUGAACUUCAAUCGCAGAUUUCGAAACAAAAUUUUGAAAAUAAUAAAGAGACUAUUGAAAAAUUGAUUGGAGAAAAAUCUAAACUUCAAGAAGAAUUAGAGUCAAUUAAGAAUGAACUAGAUUCAAUCCAAGUAGAGAAAAUUGAGUCAGAGAAUGAAUCAAGCUCAAAGAUCAUUGCCUUAACAGAAGAGAUUGAUGAACUCAAGAAUCAAAUUAAUAAUAUAUCAGAACAGAAAUCAACAUUAGAAUUCACAAUUGAUGAAAUCAAAGCCCAAAACGAAUCAGAAAUUUCGCAGCUUAAGAAAGAGAAUGAAGAUUUAAAUAGUAAAAUAGAGAGCUUAUCUAAAGAAAAUAAUGAACUUAAGACUGAAAUCGAAAAUAUCCAAAAUUCCCAUUCAUUAAGCCUGCUAGAAACAGAGAUGAACAACAAAUUAACGAAUCUUAAUGAGGAAAAUGAUAUGCUGAAGAAUGAAAACGAAAACAUCAAAAGAGAAAAAGAAGAAACUCUAGCUGAAAACAAAUCACUAAAAGAUACAUUAGAUUUCUUCGAGAAGAAUUUGACAAAAAUUAAUGAACAAAACAAAGAUAAAACCGAAGAAUUAGAUAAACAAAAGAGAAUCGUGCUGACUUUGACAGGCGAAAAUAAUGAAUUGAAAUCUAAACUAGAUAAAAUUAAAAAUGAUUAUGAAUUAUUGCAAAAAGAGAAUGAAAAACUCGAAUCAGAUAUUGACAAUCCCCAAAAUUUGAGCUUACUUGAAGAGAUGAACAGCAAACUUACUGCAUUAACAGAAGAAAAUAAAAAACUUAAGGAAGAAAUAGAAGAUUUACAAGCAGAAAAUGAAGCACUUCAAAACACACAUUCAUUAAGCUUGUUAGAAACAGAAAUGAAUUCAAAGCUUACAAGUUUGACUGAAGAAAAUGGAAAACUCAAAAAAGAAAACGAAAAACUUAAGAUUGAUUUACAAAAUAAUUCAAUAGAAAAAGAAUUAAAAUUAAAAUUAACAAAACUUACAGAAGAAAACGAGAAACUUGGCAAAGAAAGCAAAGAAUUAAAACAAAUUAUUGAUCAAAUGAAUGAUACUCACUCAUUAAGUCUUCUUGAAACAGAGAUGAAUAAUAAACUCGCUUCCUUAUCUGAAGAAAACAACAAACUCAAAGAAGAAAACAACAAACUCACGAAAUCAAAUGAAAAAGCAAAGACAGAGUAUCAAUCUCUCAAAACAAUUGUUGAUGAAUACGGAAACGAUUACGAAGAAAUGAAACAAAAAAUCGAAGAUCUUAGCUUCGAAAAUCAAAAUAUGCAUUCGAAAAUUGAGUUCUUAACACAAGAAAACAAAGAAAUGAAAGAUGAAAUUGCUAAAUUAAACCAAAACAGCGGAGAUGAUGACUACAACAAACAAGAAGUGAUUGAAUUAAGAGAUGAAAAUGAAUCAUUAAUACACGAAAAUUCGAAUCUAAAACUUGAAAUUGAAAAAAUGAAAUCAAAGUUAACAACUUUUUCACCGAAAGAAAAAGUAGAAAUUCUUCAACAAGAAAUAGCACAAUUAACAUCCAAAAAUAAAGAAUUAGAAGAAGAAAUAAAUCAAUUAAAGAACAACAACAGCAGCUUUUUAUCUUAUAGCUCCCUUCUUAAAACUCCUCAACCACAGACAUCAAAAAAGGGAAUAAAAUUAAUAAAUACAACAUCAGUUCUGUCGACAAACAAAAAUGAAAGUGAUGAGAAUCUUGAAAACUUGAAUGAAAGUUUGUUGCAGACUAUCGAAAAUCUGAGACAUGAAAAUGAUAAUUUGACUCAAGAGAAUAUUAAAUUGAAAUCUCAGAAAUCUCUGAAACUUCUUCAAGACAUUAAAUCACAGCUUGAGUUAAAAGACAACGAAAUUAAUGAACUAAAAUCCAAAAUUAAUGAUCUGAGCGAGAAAAAUGAGCAAAUCACCAAAAUCAACGAGAGCUUACAGCUUCGUUCAUCACCAACAAAAACAAAGAGCCUCGAAUUGGAAAGAGAUAAAUUGCUUGAAAGAGCUGCCAAAGCAGAGUUAGAAUUAGAAGAUAUUAAAUCCAGACUCGAUUCACUAGCAAAGGAAAACGACACCCUCAAGCUAAGACCUUCUCCAAGAAAGGUUAAAAGCGUUGAAGCAGAAAGAGAUAACCUACUUGCAAGAACAACCAAGGCAGAACUUGAUUUAGAGGAUGCUAAAACAAAAAUCAAUGAUUUGACCAAAGAAAAUAACAUUCUCAAGCAAAGACCUUCCCCAACAAAGACUAAGCAUAUUCAAAUAGAAAGGGAUCAUUUACUUGAUAGAGCAACAAAAGCCGAGAAGCAACUGGAGGAAAUGAAAGAAAAUAUUUCUGAAUUGAGUAUUGCAAAAGAAGAAUUAGAUUCACAACUUGCAAAUUGCCAAAAGGAAAUUAACAGAAUGACAGAAGUAGAUGAGAAUCUUAAGAAAAAAUUAAACGAUAUGGACAUUAUUUCUGAUGCUGUAUCGAAAAUAAGUAGAGCAAAGGACCAAAAAGAAUUGAAUACAAAGAUCGAAGAACUGCAAAAAGAAAAUCAGAAAUUACAAACAAAGAAUGCUGAACUAGCAGAAGAAAUAAAUUCUAGUAAAUUUUCUCCAAGACAAAGCAAAACAAUUCAAGAAUUUAGACAGAAAUUCGAAGAAAUUUCCAAAGAAAAUGAAAAACUAAACAAAAGAAUUUCUGAAUUGGAGUUUGAGAGGAAUAGCAACAACACUUCAACAAAGAUAAACCGUCAAAAGAUAUCAGAGCUGGAAAAUAUUAAUUUUUCAAUGCAGAAGCAAAUAGUUUCUCUCGAAAACGAAAAAAAAUUCACCAAAAACAAAAUAGCCGAAUUAGAGAAUGAAAAAUUAAUUCUAAAUAAUAGAAUUGAUUCAUUAAUUUCAAAUAAGUCUUCUCCAGAGAAUGAAAUAAGGCAAAUGUCACAAACAAUCGAAGGAUUGAAAAAUACAAUUACAGAUCUUACAAAGCAAAUCAGAAAAUUGCAAAAGGAGAAUGACACUCUUAGGGAAAGCUCAAUGAUGAUUGCAGGGGAAGAAAGCAAAGAAGAAACUAAACUCAAAGAAGAAAUCGCAGAACUUAAAUUCCGUUUGUCACAAAUGCAAUCAGAGUUAAUAAAUGCAAAUUCUAAGCUUUCGGAUGCAAUUAGUUCGGACAGACAAAACUUCAGCAAUAAUACUGAUGAAGUAACUAAAGCUAACGAGAAUAAAAUCAAAUCAUUAAAUACAAAAUUGAAAAAACUAUCAGAAGAGAAAAAGAAACUUCAAAAUCAAAACAAUAAACUUUUGCAAGAUCUUGAAAAAUUUAGAUCAGAAUAUGAAAAUAUAAGAAGUUUCAUUGAUCAAAAAGGAGAUAAAGAACAAAAAGAUGAAGAAUACACUUUGCUUCAAGAAAAAUACAUUCAACUCCAGAAAGAAUCAAUUUCAUUGAAUUCACAAUUAAAUGAAUUACAGUCAUCAAGAAAGACAAUUAGAACAUUGCAAAGGAAACUUAAAUCUCUUGAAAAUAAUGCAAAUUCAAUAAUGGAAACAGACAGACAUUGCCAUUGUUCCGAAGCAUUAGAACAAUUUAAACAAGAAGUGCUAGAGUUAAAGGAAAUUAUCCUCAAAAACGACGAAGCUUCAUCUAAGAUUUCAAAACAGAUAUCAUCUCAAAGCGAUGAGAUCAAAUUAUUAAGAAUUCAUUCAAAAGUAACCGAUUCAACAGAAAAAUUGGCAAGGAUGACAACAAAAGCAAUCAGUAAUACUGCACAUUUUAUUUCAGAACAACACAACGAAUUAAUGAUAAAAAUGAGAGAAUGA